AUGUGUGGAGUAUUGAUAAAUAUAUUUUCAGGAUAUGGCAUAUUCAAUUUAGCUGUGUCUCUUAGUGCUAAAUAUUUAUCAAAUUUUCAGAAAUGUAUUGAUUAUAGGGCUACAUCAAGAACUUUAGACCUUAUUUGGACUAUUGACCAUAAAAUUUCUAAAAAAUGGUAUUAUUCAACUUCAGUUUUGCCAGCUUGUACAACUGUUGGAGGAAAGGAUCCUCUUCAUGCCUUUGAAUAUGGUUCCUAUCCAGAACCUGAUGUUAAGCUAAAUCAGCCAAUUAACCAUAAGAAAUGGGAAGACCACAGUGGUUCAGCAGUAUGCUAG